ACUGAUGUGGAAGCAAUGAACAUGAGACGUGCUCCAUUUCUGGCCACUAGGGGGGGGACGCGUCGCCGUACAAGACUGCGAAAGAAGAAAAAAGAAGACGAAGACGUUCGUCCAAUUGUCAAUCGAAUCUUGUGGACUCUCCAGCAAAACCCUCGAAAUGGCUGAAGUGGAGGAGACCCUCAAGAGAAUUUUGGGCCAGAAAGGAGUUCAGGGCCUCAUCAUUGUCAACUCGGACGGGAUUCCCAUACGCUCCACGCUGGACAACACCAGCACGGUGCACUACGCUGGCCUGAUCCACCAGCUGGUCCUGAAGGCGCGCAGCACUAUCCGUGACAUCGACCCCCUCAACGACCUCACCUUUCUGCGACUGCGAUCCAAGAAGAACGAGAUCAUGAUUGCGCCAGAUAAAGACUACUUCAUGAUUGUCAUUCAGAACCCGUCAGACUGAAGACGAACGGCCGCGUUCCUAUAUUUACCAUCCCAAAGAAAAUACUGUGAACUUUCUUUGGUUGGAUUUUCUUUGGUUGCCACCUUGUCGUCAGCGUCAAUGUUUUCAAUAAAUGUUGGUCACAA